AUGGCCGUCCUCCCACCCGAAAUCCUCCACGAUAUCCUCGGCCACACCACCCCCAGCUGGCGAUGGGGCUGGCGCUGGAAAAAGUGGAGGAAGACGAUGCUCGCUCGCGCAGAUCUACUUUGGUUUCUGAACUUACGACUCGUCAAUAAACAAUUCGACGAUAUCGUGAUCGACCAUUUCCACACAGCAGUUAGAGCCGGGCUCAUCGAUCGCAAGCUUCCCAUCUGCGAUGGGGCGCCGAACCCCUCGACGAUGGCAAUGGCAAGACGAUUACUAUGUUCGCUUGUGGAGCGUAGUCGCCUUCAAGGGGAAGCAACGAGGAGUGUUUACCCGCUUGUGGAUACGAUCAAUGCGGGGGUGGACGGCGUUGUUGAGUUUUUCUCGCACAGGAGCGAUGUAGACAUCGAGGAGCUCCGAUCGAGGUAUCUAAGCGGGAUGAUAGCCAUGUUUGUCGGCCUGGCAGGGACUAAUUUUAUCGGUCGUGUUCUAGCUCCGGCAGGGGCUGGAGGAGAAACUAUGGAUGAUGGCCUCGACGACGAGAGAGAGGAAUGGAGCUGUACCGCAUUGAUGGCGGCUGCGUACUUGGGCAGAACAGACGAUAUGGAGCACCUGCUUGCGUGGCGUAUAAAAAAUACUGCUGAUCCGGAUAAGUCGCUCCAUGGGCCUCUUAUGACGGCUGCGUUCGGAGGACAAGGAGACAGCGUACGGUUUCUGAUCGACAGGGAUGUUGACAUAAAUACACGGACUACCAGGAAUGGGGAUACUGCGGUGCAUUUUGCUGCGUUGGGAGGGCAUGCAUCUCUUGUGGAGUAUCUUCUGGAGGCUGGAGCGGACGCCGUCGUGGUGAAUAACGCUGGUGAUACGCCGCUUCUUUGGGCUGCUAGGGGAGGGCACGCUGAUGUUGUCAGAGAGCUCUUGAAGACUGGAGAGGUGGACGUGAAUUUUCGGGACCGUUUGAGGAGAGCGCCGCUGAUCUGGGCCGCGGCAAGAGGAUUUGACAAUGUGGUGAAGGAGCUGUUACUGAGAGAGGAAAUUGACGUCAAUAUCAUGGACGGGGUGGUGAAUCUUUUGGCUGGACCUAUAUACCAUGCAGGAUCGGCAGGCGUUCCUGGGGGAAGUCCAUUAGAAGUGGCUGCGAUGAUAGGCAGGGAAGACGUCUUCCAGAGACUUUAUCGUCAUCCGCAGGCUUACAGGGAGUUGUCCACUGUCUUUCCACGCGCGCUGACGGGCGGCAAGGCCAGCAUCGUGAGGACAAUAAUCCAGGCAUUUCCCAACACUCUGGAAGACUACGAGUCCAGCUACGAGGAGACGGCUUUCCUCCGUGCCGCCGAGGAUUCAAGUGAAGAAGUGGUUCGAUAUCUGCUCUCUCUCAACAAGACCCCCAUCAAUUAUCAGGAUCGUGACGGCAAGACUGCUCUAUACUUUGCCGUCAAGUCAGGAGAUCUCGGGAAAGUUACAGCUCUUCUGGAGCAUCCCGACGUAGACGUCAAUCUAAGAACGGACGAAUUGAGCGGCUGCCAAUCACUGCUCCACUGCGCAGGUAACCAACGGUGCGUGGAUCCGGAGGUCAUGAAGGCUUUACUAGCUCGCCCAGAUAUCAAUGUCAACGCUCGAGAUUAUGGUGGCAUGACUCCCCUCGCUUACGCGGCUUUCAAUGGGGAAGCUGAAUUGGUGAAGCUCCUCCUGCAGCGCCAUGAUGUGGAUUUAUUCCCGCUGGAUAGAUUUGGAGACACCCCGUUGCUUCUCGCCGCCAAAGAAGGGGAAAGUCACGUUGUGAAUAUACUAUUGAAGGUACCAGGUACGGACAUUUGGCACAGGAAUAACUGGGACAAGACAGCGCUGGGGUUGGCGGGGGAGUCGGGUCACGCAGAGGUUGUGAGACGAUUGCUCGAUCGGGACCUCAAGGUAACACCGGAAAUCAUAUGCGAUGCCAUAGAAAACACGAAAGAGGCUUUGGAUGCUAUUCGGAGGACACCGACGAGUUUUCUUGGUUCCGAAAAUGAGAGGCUUGCGCAGGAAAGAAGGAUAGAGGAGGCGUACAAGUUGCUUUCGGCUGGUCUAGAUAGGAUAGGUUCAUGA